GGUGGGCAUAGUUCGUGCUCGUCGCCCGGAAGCUCAUAUUGUCUUAUAUUUCCCAGAACGUCAGAAACGUGUGUGUGAGAGACAGCUGUGUGUUGUACUGCUGCCGAGGGGGCUCGUCACACACUGCCGCCGGCGACUGUGCGCUUAGUUUCGGGACAUGCGCUCCUCGGUCCGGCCCGGUGCGGAACGGCUCUGUUCAGAGGAGGAGGCGCGCGACAUGCGGAGGAGCGCGUGCGGCAGGUACAGCGCUCGGGGGAGGAGCGCACCGCCGGCACAGGUGGUGGUGCAGGAUCCCCCACUGGAUCUCCCACCGCUUUCCCCUAAGGACGACUGUGAGAAGAUGGGGACCCUCUUUGGGGAGCUGAACAAAUGCCUUCGAAAGGCCGGCUUCACUCAGGUGGUCUGCGGAGAGAAGACCGUGGAGCCGGUGGUGAUCCUCUUCUUCUGGCUCAUGCUGUGGUUCCUGGGCUUCCAGGCGCUGGGACUGGUGGGGAUGCUCUGCCUCAUCAUCAUCUUCAUUCAGAAGUAAGACAAAUGGGACCGUCAACUGAAGGCACCAGUCCUUCUCCAUACAUCCUUACGUUGGUUUUAAUGUUUUUUUAAUGGACGCUUCCUGGCCGGCUGCAUCAGGGAUUUGAUUUGCUUAACAGCCUGCAACAUAAAGUUGAAUUUCAAAUUAAUUGUGAGCAUCCUUCAGUUGGCGGUUCAUUAAUUCCUUGGGUGUUUUUUAAACUAAUUGAAGCGUGAAUAAAAAUGCUGCAUCUUUGCUCUUGCAAAUAGCCCCGUGGAGGUUGGACUCGGCUGCACUUUUGUAGCGAGGGAUAUAUUCUUGUCAAAGAGCUUUUGUGAAGCAUGAGCUUCUUUAAGGAUUAUGUUUCAUGCUCUAGUUAACAGAAAUUAAAUCUGGUACCACUUAACUCAAGGGCUAAUGAUUUAACCAGGACUUCUUACAAAGUUUGAGUACUGUGCGACUUUUCCAUACCAACUUAGAGAAAGUGUGUGUGUGUGUGUGUGAGAGAAUGUGACGGAGAUUCGUAAUCUGGCUUUGCACAAGAAAGAAACUUGCCGGCCUGGUCAAAGUGCACAUUUUGAGGUGCCUUCAUAAAACUUUCUUUAGUCUCCAGUGGGGCUGGUGAACUGAUGCACAAAAUACCGUUUACAGGCACGGGCUUUAUCAGCAAUGGUGUCUUUAACACUAGUAGUAGUUGGAGAGAAGCUCUUAUUUGCAGGGAGAGACUGAACAUUGCUGUCAUUUGCUACAGAGACAUUGUGAUGAUGUCAGAGUAUAAAUUAAGAAAGACAUGAGGAAGCAUCACUGUCUGUAGAAGAGCUCUGGUAAUAAAAAUAUAUAUACAUAUAUAUGGUUUUGUUUAGUUUAAAAGUGGAUCAGUAGAGUACUACAUAAACUUGAUGUUGCCUAGAAAGAGAUACUGCUGUACUUUAUGAAGACUUUGUGUUUGACUUGGGGACAUUUUAAAAAGGUACAAUGAGUGGGAAUAAUAUCGCAGUGAAUGUAUUGACCUGAUACAGAAUAUUAGAAUGUAUUGUCUUAUAAUGCAGAUAUGAGAUUGCUGUCAACCUUUACACUCCUAGAAGUGCUUUAAUUUUUU